CCCAGGCGGCGCCGCACCGAGCGCCAGCUGCCAGCCCUCGCGCCCCGAAGACCAGCUGUUCCUCCUCUGUAUUGAGAUGGGUAUUCAAGGCCUGGCCAAACUGAUUGCUGAUGUGGCCCCCAGUGCCAUCCGGGAGAAUGAUAUCAAGAGCUACUUCGGCCGCAAGGUGGCUAUUGAUGCCUCCAUGAGCAUUUAUCAGUUCCUCAUUGCUGUUCGCCAGGGGGGCGAUGUGCUACAGAAUGAGGAGGGUGAGACCACCAGCCACCUGAUGGGCAUGUUCUACCGCACCAUCCGCAUGAUAGAGAAUGGCAUCAAGCCCGUGUAUGUUUUUGAUGGCAAGCCACCACAGCUCAAGUCAGGUGAGCUGGCCAAACGCAGCGAGCGGCGGGCUGAGGCGGAGAAGCAGCUGCAGCAGGCGCAAGAUGCUGGGGCUGAGGAGGAUGUGGAGAAGUUUACUAAGCGACUGGUGAAGGUCACCAAGCAACACAAUGAUGAGUGCAAGCAUCUACUGAGCCUCAUGGGCAUCCCAUACCUCGAUGCACCCAGUGAGGCAGAGGCCAGCUGUGCAGCCCUGGUGAAGGCUGGCAAAGUUUACGCUGCGGCCACAGAGGACAUGGAUUGUCUGACCUUCGGCAGCCCUGUGCUCAUGCGACACUUGACUGCCAGCGAGGCCAAGAAGCUGCCCAUCCAGGAAUUUCACCUGAGCCGGAUUCUACAGGAGCUGGGCCUGAACCAGGAGCAGUUUGUGGACUUGUGCAUCUUGCUGGGCAGUGACUACUGUGAAAGCAUUCGGGGCAUUGGGCCCAAGAGAGCUGUUGACCUCAUCCAGAAGCAUAAGAGCAUCGAGGAGAUUGUACGUCGACUUGAUCCCAACAAGUACCCCGUGCCGGAAAAUUGGCUCCACAAGGAGGCCCAGCAACUCUUCUUAGACCCUGAGGUGCUGGACCCAGAAUCUGUGGAGCUGAAGUGGAGUGAGCCAAAUGAGGAAGAGCUCGUCAAAUUUAUGUGUGGUGAAAAGCAGUUCUCUGAGGAGCGAAUCCGCAGUGGGGUCAAGCGGCUGAACAAAAGUCGCCAAGGCAGCACCCAGGGCCGCCUGGAAGAUUUCUUCAAAGUGACUGGCUCUCUGUCAUCAGCUAAGCGCAAGGAGCCAGAACCCAAGGGAUCUGCUAAGAAGAAGGCAAAGACUGGGGCAGUGAGGAAGUUUAAAAGGGGGAAAUAAAUGAGUUUCCCUUCAUUAUACCUCCUUGACCCCACAGUAUGACCUCUACCCUCAAGAACUAGUGCUAGAGAAACCUCCAUGGGGGCAAGGAGGGGAUUGCACUGCUUCUCCGGGACUACCCUUCUCAUUAGUGCUUUUCCCUUUUUUACUUGAUCUUUUGGCAGAAAGGCCACAGAGGUACUUUGUUUUAUUUUUUAGCUCAGGAAAGUAUGUCAGGCUCAAACCACCUUUCAGUCCAUUUAAUGAACACUGAAUCCACUGUUACAUAAAAGUGAUAGCAACAAGUUUAAAGAAGGGAGAGGAAGAUAAAUGGUGGAGACAAAAGGCUAUGGAAAUGAUUUCCUGGCUGGCCAACUGUUAGCCAGUGAAGGUGGAACCAGACUGCACUUCUCUCUCUGGUUCAUCCUUGACCCACCCUGAAGGACAGAUAGCCAGCAGGAAGAUUCAGUCUUAACAGAUAGGAAGAGCUACUGAGAAAUAAGACAGGUGGAGAGCUGGAGUCCCUGGAGCUGGAAACAUGGGUUUGAUUACUGGCUGUGUGUCCUGGGGUGGGCAGAAACUUGAACUUGAUAUGUAACUUGAACCUUUAAAGUAGUUAUUCAGAGGCAUAAGGUGACUUAGUUCUCAUGGCCUCUCUGAGGCAAUCAACUGAGUUGAGACUUUGGAAUAAGAUGCUGUUGUCCUGUGCUGUUUUUGUUUUAAACAUGAAAAAAGAGUCAAUAAAACUAUAAAUUGGCAGAAUGUAGUGUUCUUUUUACUCUAACAUGCUGGAAUUGUACCCUAUUAACAGGUGGCUUGAGUGUGGCCACAAGAUGGCGCUAUGCCCCACUGAAUGACCAAAGCAGUUUGGGUAGUACUUCAGACGUUUGGAGGAUGCCAGUUUAUCUUGCUAGGAACACUUUGCAGUUUUCUACCUACUAUGUGAGAUGAACUCCUUUGAGAAAGCCUCACAAUUUAGAUCAAUUACUCUGUAGCAUUCAAUCAUUUACCAGUUUAUAAGUUGUGAAAACUGCCAUUCAAAAAUCAAUUGUUCCUUUUGUGACAUCAGAUUCA